CCGCUGUCCAAUUGUUCAGAGAGCUCUCUAAUCCAGCCUUGGAUCUGAGUCGUGCAGCGCAGCCUAAUAGGAUCGUAGUAUUAACCCUGAUGACAAUACCACCAGCUGUCGCAGAGCCCCCUGUUGGUGACCAGGGGAACUGUGUUGUGGGGGGGUGGGGGGGUUGGAAAGACAGAGAGGGAGGUGACUGACAGAGAGAGACACAGAUAGACAGAGACAGUGUGAUGCUCUUAGUCUCAUGUGGAAUAAUCAAGGAAGCAGUUCGGAGGAAGAAGACAGAAACGUGCUUUAUUUUUGGACGACUACCUUCACUUUAGCUCUACUUUUUCCCUCCAUCUGUUAACCAAACCCCACAUUUCUUUCUUCAAACUUUUUCUCUUUUGCUCUUCCCUCUCUUAUCUCUCAAUCCCACCUUGUUUUUCACCAGUUUGCAUCCAUCUAUCUCGCCCCACCUGCUGUGUCCAUAAUUCUUCUGUUUCUUCCGGACUGGUGGCGGCUGUUGACUCUGUGCUGGUUCCAUAUGGCUGAAUAAGUUUUAAAAAAGGGGGGAGGGGGCUUGCUCUGGUGGGUUUUCUCUGCGGGGGGCCGUUGCGUGAAGUUGAAGUUGGAGGAGGAUGGCAGUGGCUCUGGAUGAAGUAUGGGGGCGGGUGAAGAAUGUCUGCAAGCAGAACGGACUGCUCAUCCUGUCCGUGCUGGCCGUAGUCAUUGGCUGCCUGCUUGGCUUCUUCCUGAGAGGCAAGCAGCUCUCCGAGCAGGAGGUGAAGUACUUCCAGUUUCCCGGAGAGCUGCUUAUGAGGAUGUUGAAGAUGCUAAUUUUGCCCCUCGUUGUAUCCAGUUUGAUGUCGGGUCUGGCUGCCUUGGACGCCAAGUGCUCCAGCCGCCUGGGCAUCAUGACCAUCUCCUACUACCUGUGGACCACCUUUGUGGCGGUGGUAGUGGGCAUCGUCAUGGUGUACAUCAUCCACCCGGGUGGAGCUGCUCAGAAGGAGGACUCCGAUGAGAGCAAGAAGCCGAUGACCAGCUCUGCUGACGCUCUGCUGGACCUCAUCCGCAACAUGUUUCCAGCCAACCUGGUUCAAGCCACUUUUCAACAGUAUCGAACACAGAGAGUCCCAGAGCUCAUUCCCAAGCCGACGGUGGCCCAGCUGCUGGAUGAGACCACCACACGCAGAGUUUACAUCUACGGCAUCCAGGAUGAUAACGGAACAGACGUCCAGAACUUCUCCCUGGAUCUCACGCCGCCACCUGACGUCAUCAUGAAGACGUCACCUGGGACCAGCGAAGGCAUGAACGUGCUGGGGAUCGUAAUCUUUUCAGCCACAAUGGGAAUAAUGUUAGGAAGAAUGGGACCCAAUGGAAGCGCUUUGGUCAACUUCUGCCAGAGUGUGAAUGAGGCAGUUUUGAAAAUUGUUGCCAUUGUCAUCUGGUAUUUCCCCUUUGGGAUCGUCUUUCUGGUGGCGGGUAAGAUCUUGGAGAUGGACGACCCCUCGGCCAUGGGGAAGAAGCUGGGUUUUUACGCCAUCACGGUGGUAAUGGGCUUGGUGCUGCACGGUCUGUUCAUCCUUCCAGCCAUGUACUUCUUCAUCACCAAGAAGAGUCCCAUCGUUUACAUCAGAGGCAUCCUGCAGGCUCUGCUCAUCUCCUUGGCAACCUCCUCCAGCUCUGCCACGCUGCCUAUCACCUUCAAGUGCCUCCUUGAGAACAACCACAUCGACAGACGCAUCAUCCGCUUCGUGUUGCCUGUCGGAGCCACCAUCAACAUGGACGGCACCGCGCUGUACGAGGCCGUGGCAGCCAUCUUCAUCGCCCAAGUGAAUAAUUACGAGCUCGAUUUUGGACAGAUCAUCACAAUCAGCAUCACUGCCACUGCAGCCAGUAUUGGUGCAGCAGGAAUCCCACAGGCUGGACUUGUAACCAUGGUGAUCGUGCUGACUUCUGUGGGCCUGCCCACCGAUGAUAUCACACUUAUAAUUGCUGUUGAUUGGGCUCUGGAUCGAUUCAGGACCAUGGUCAACGUGAUGGGCGACGCCCUGGCAACGGGCAUUAUGGCUCAUAUCUGCAGGAAAGAUUUUGUCAAAGAAGGGGAGCAGGUGAGAGUGCCUCUGAUCUGUGAAACGAAGCCCAUGAUUAGCAUCCAGCAGAUGAUGACCUACCAGAACCAGAAGAACGGCUGCUACCAGCCGCCUCCGCCGGGCAGCAAGCAGGGCCACCUCUCCCCGGACGUGGCCCGCCUGAUGCAGCUGGAGGAGGGCAUCCGGCCGCUGGAGAAGAAGAAGCACGCCCACUCGUCUCACCACAAGAGAGAGCACAGGGACAAGGACCACUGCUCCAUUGACAUGAACGGGCUGGAGACUAACGUAUAAAAGCUCGGCCGCCCUGCCGACAGCUACUGGCACGUCCACAGCUGCAGGACCGACAGGAGAGGAAGACAAAUAAAAGAUUGAGGUGACUGAGUUCACUCGCUUUUCCUCACCGGUAAAGAAAAAAGCAGCGCAGGGUGGAUGAAUGAAGAAGACCCUGAAAUAAAGACAAUCUCUCUUUUUCUACAUAACCUAAAUAACGACCCACAUUUGAUUGUGUAUGUUUGUGUGUGUACAUAUUUAUCACAGAUGUAUUAUUUGGUAAAAAAGAAGAAAAAAAAAGCAGUGACAGCGUGCUGCUCUAUAGCUGACGGA